CCUGGUGCCCAGGUGCCCGGGAGAAGCCGGGAGUCAGGCGUGCAGCCACCGGGUGCCAGAGCUGUCCUUGGAGGUGGGAGUGGCGGACAGGAUGGCCCCGAGGAGAGCUGUGCAACUGUCCCUGAAGAAACCCACCUACGCUGUGUGUGUGGUGGGAGCUGAGAUGCUGGUGAACGUCCACAGAGGUGGCAGGGGACGAGGACAGUGCAGGGUGUGUGUGGCAGGAGCACGGGGCAUGCUGUCUGCAAAGCUCUCUAGUGGACACCAAAGGCCUCGGGACCUUGCAGAGCAUCUUGCCAGAGAUGUGCCCAGGGAUGCCAAGACCUUCAGGGUCUCUGCAAGCUCUAAGGUGGAGGUCUUAAUGGCCUACGAUCCCAGACGGGUGACAGAACCCACAGGCAAGGCCCACUGGCCACUGGACGCCAACGUAGAUGUGGUCAUAUCCGUGGACACUGCCAGUAAGGAUUUAAACGACCUCAAGGUGAAGGUGUCAUAUUUCAAGCACCAGGAAGACGAUCCCCUGGGCCACAGCAUGCUGUACCUGACUGCAGUGGAUGUUUCCCUUGAUGUCGACAGCAGCCGCACAGGCAAGGUGAAGAGACACCGAGGGGACAAGAAGACCUGGCGCUGGGGUCCUGAGGGCCACGGGGCCAUUCUGCUGGUAAACUGUGACAAGGACAGCCGUGGGUCCCUGGAGCCUGAUCUCAACAGGAGCCAGCUGGUGUCGCUGGACGACCUACAGGACAUGUCCCCCAUCGUGCUGACAUGUGAUGGCCCAGAUGAGCUCUUCGACAGACACAAGCUGGUCCUGAGUGUGUCCUUGUCCGACUCCAGGAGGGUGCGGGUCUUCCGUGCUCGUGCUCCGGGUGGGACGUCUAUCUUCGACUACAAGGGGGUCCUGGGGCCCCAGCACCUGUCCUACCGAGUGGAGCGGCAGCUGGGGGAGCGGGAGAUCGGGUUCUGUGCUGAGGGGCUCACCUUUCCCGAUGCAGACUUCUCGGGGCUGGUCUCCCUCAGUGUCCACCUGGUGGACACAGUGGUAGGCAUGCCCUGGCACAGGGCCCUGCCCGAGGUGCCUCUCUUCACAGACACCGUGGCCUUCCGUGUGGCGCCCUGGAUCAUGACCCCCAACACCCAGCUGCCCCUGGAGCUCUAUGUGUGCAGUGUCACAGAUGCUCACGGCUCCAAUGAGAAGUUUCUGGACGACAUGGCUAACCUGGCACUGAAAGCCAACUGCAAGCUAGUCAUCUGCCCUCGGGUGGAGAAUCGCAACGACCGCUGGAUCCAGGACGAGAUGGAGUUCGGCUAUAUUGAGGCCCCUCACAAAUCCUUCCCAGUGGUUUUCGACUCCCCCAGAGACAGAGGCCUGAGGGAUUUUCCCUAUAAGAAGAUCCUGAGUCCUGACUUUGGCUACGUGACCCGGGAGCUCCUCUUCUCUGGCGCCUCCAGCUUAGAUUCCUUCGGCAACCUGGACGUCAGCCCACCCGUGACAGUGGGCGACACGGAGUACCCCCUGGGCCGGAUCCUCAUCGGAGGCAGCUUCCCCAAGUCUAGCGGGCGGCGGAUGGCCAAGGUGGUGCGAGACUUCCUGGCAGCCCAGCAGGUGCAGGCACCUGUGGAGCUCUACUCGGACUGGCUGUCUGUGGGCCAUGUGGACGAGUUCCUGAGCUUUGUGCCCACCUCUGACCCGAAGGGCUUCCGGGUGCUCCUGGCCAGCCCCAGCGCCUGCCUCAGGCUGUUCCAGAAAAAGAAAGAGGAGGGCUAUGGGGAGGCAGCCCAGUUUGCUGGGUUAGGACACAAGGUGAAGAGAAGCAUUAAUGAGAUGCUGGCAGACAGACACCUCAGGAAUGACAGCUUCCAUGUCCAGAGCUGCAUCGACUGGAACCGCGAUGUGCUGAAGCGUGAGCUGGGCCUGGCAGAGGAUGACAUCAUCGAUAUCCCGCAGCUCUUCUCCCUGAAGGGCGCCUACGCUGAAGCCUUCUUCCCAGACAUGGUGAACAUGGUGGUGCUGGGCAAGUACCUAGGUAUCCCGAAGCCCUAUGGGCCGAUCAUCAACGGCCGCUGCUGCCUGGAGGAGAAGGUGCGCUUGCUGCUGGAGCCGCUGGGCCUCCACUGCAUCUUCAUCGAUGACUACUUGUCCUACCACCGGCUGCAGGGAGAGAUUCACUGCGGCACCAACGUGCGCCGGAAGCCCUUUGCCUUCAAGUGGUGGCACAUGGUGCCCUGAGUUCACUCCUGCCUGCCGUUCUCUCUGCCAUCCUGCUGGGUUACCCUGCCUGGCAAGGGCAAGACAUAUACCAGCCUCCUUCCUCUUGGGGGCCCUCGGUACCUCCCCCCGUGCCUGCAAGUGUGCUGGCCACUGUAGGCACUGGGCUCUGGGGAGGAUGCCACCCUGCCUGGCCCAAGGAUGACUGACCCCGACUUCCCCUCUCCUUCAGCCAUGGCCCCCAGAGGUCCGAGGCCAGUAGCCUUUGCAUGAGCAAGCUGACUGAGAAUGGCUCCCCUCUAUCUGGACGCCUUCUGGGGCCUAGGAAGAGUGUGUUUGGGUCUGCGCCAGGAGUGGAAGCUGAGCCCUCAGGGUCUGCUGUGAGGACCCCAGUUCCAGGCAGCCUAUGGCUCUCAUCACGCCAGGAAGAGAGAUCUGGGCACCCUCUCCUAAGGGGACCCAGCUAGUGACCCCCAGUACCCUUCAGCUGUAGGAAGCAAACAGGGACAGGAACCCCUGGUGUCUGAGGGCUUGUUAUGAAAAGAAAGGAGGCAACGAAACCCCUUGAAUAUCUGCCUCGGCCCUCAAAGGGUGCUCGUUACCUGUCUGGAAGCCUCUAAUUAGGAGAGCUGGCCACUUCCUGCCUAAAAGUGCUGAGUGGUAGAGAGGGACUUAGGGAGCUUGAGUAAGGAGCCUGGGCAGGAGGGGAUAAGGCCAGAGUGGCAGAGGAGGCUGGGCAGGGACCUCCGGGCCUGGAGGCUUCUGGGCUCUGGGACCUCCAGGGCUUUGGAGUUUGAACCCUGCAUCUGCAGGCAGCUGGCUGUUCCAGAUGUGGUGGGGGUGGGGCCAGAUGUUAGAAGAGGGUGGGGGACCAUUAGGUUAUCUCUGAAGGUGGGGCUUAAUUUCCUUUAAUAGUCUGUCAUUAUCCCCUUCCUUCUGCAGGCAGGGGGAGGGGAAGGCUGGUCCGCUGUCCCUCAGCAACCUGGGGCCCCACAGGCGUGCGCACUCACGCACACACACGCACAUGUGGAUGCAGUUUUUGCCUGUGAGCAACUCCCCCAUGGCAGGCCAGGUCCCUGCCACAGAAGGACAGACAGCUGCUCGCCAGGUUAAUAGCCCCGUGAAGCCACCGGGGCCUGUGGGAGCAGGCAGGCUGGGUGGCUUCAGGGCCGGCAGGAGAAGACAGCCUGCUUCCUCCUUACUGGCUAGGGACCAUGGCUGCUCUUAGUCCCUGGACGUCUGCCUGUCUGCAUUUGUGGGGGCCCCUGGAGAGUCUUCAGACCAAACCAGUUACUGUCACGUUUUUAGGCCCAGAACAAAGGCUUCGGUGGAACUGCUGUGGAUUACACGGGUGGGAACCUGGAUCCUCCCCUUCCUGAAAGUUCCCAGGCCCCUUUGUAAACUCUUGCUCUGACCUUGGCACCUUCGUCUUAGGAUCAGGACCCAGCCAAGGCUGAGCCGUGAAGAAGGGGCUGAGGAUGUGGGUUGGGAUCAGAACCUCCUAGGGGAAGGGCCCUGGGUGGGAGGGGAGCAGGCUCGCAGAGAGACAGGGAGUUGUGAGGCUCUGGAAUUGCUGCUGGGGCCGUUGGGUCCUGCUAGGAGUGUUCUGGUGACCAGUCACCUCCUUUCUGAUCAAUAAAAACAUCGGCAUGCA